GACUACACUUCUAGAGGUUUAACAGCAGAACAACUACAAUCCUCUGAUUGGUUCACAGGACCAGCUUUUCUCUGGAAAAAGAACCUGCCUGAUAGAGAGGCCAAGGUGGGAGAGAUUAGAGAAGAUGACCCAGAACUUCGUAAAGUCUUUGUGUGUACCACUAAUGCCAAAGAAGAGCAAACUAUUCUUGACAGAUUUGAGAAAUUCUCAGAAUGGUCCAGAUUGAUAAGAGCACUUGCAGUCUUGAGAAAAAGGGUCAAGGAAUUUAAAGGCGAAAUACAAAAGGGUAAAGAAAGUACAAGUUUAGAAGAGAGAAAACAAACAGAGCUGUUUGUCAUUAAACUUGUUCAACAGAAAGCUUUUUCUGAAGCACUGAAGAGUCUGAAAUCAAAGGAAACUGUUUCCAAGACCAAAGACCAUGAACUGUACAAGCUAAGUCCAUUUCUGGAUGAGGAAGGCAUACUCAGAGUCGGAGGACGUUUGAGUAAAGCAGCGUUACAUACACACGUGAAGCAUCCAGCAAUACUCCCAAAGGACAGUCAUAUUUCAACUUUAUUGAUAAGACAUUUUCACUCUAAGGUUCAUCAUCAAGGUCGUGGAAUGACUAUGAAUGAGCUGCGGGCUAAUGGUUGGU